UUUUUGCUAUAAUAAUGCACUUUUUCAGUAUAACUUUUCAAUAUCUCAGAUUUUUAUUUAAUUAAAUGAUUUGUUAAAUGUGAAGAGGGCCAUUCGUUAAACAUUUAAUUACAUUUGUAUGGCCUGACCUGUUUCAACUUUUACUGCUGGAGAAACCUCUAGAGGGAGCCUCUGAACCCUUGAACCUCAAAGUCUACAGUAGGUGUGGAUAAACACUACUCAUUGUUAUAGGAAGCUCUGGGGAGAAAAUAACGUUUAUUUAAUAUCUGAAACGUACACUCCGUUAUAGCUCCGUACUCUGUUAUCUGUAUUCAGGUGCAUCAUGGGACCUUUGAUCCAGCAAUUCUGUUUGGUAACAUGCCUUAUCUUUUUUCCCUGUUCAUCUGCUCCAGUUGCAGAUGGAACAGAGACUGAGAGGCAAUCAACUUCCGUGUCAACCUGUACACUGUAUGGUUUGAAUUGCACUGUGUGGUUUGCUGGAUGUGUUACAUUUGGGAUCAUUAUUUUCCUGGGAGUGGUUUUCUUGGUAUGGUAUAAGUGCUGUAGAGAUGCAAGUCAAAAUCUGCUGGGAGUAUUUCAUGUCGUUGGAGGAGAGGAUACAAGUACCUCUCCCCAUCCCAAGACGCCUAAGGCAGUUUCAAUGAAAGAUACGAAUAUGAAUUUGGACCUCCCACAUAGUGAUACAAGUACCUCUCCCCAUCCCAAGACGCCUAAGGCAGUUUCAAUGAAAGAUACGAAUAUGAAUUUGGACCUCCCACAUAGUGAUACAAGUACCUCUCCCCAUCCCAAGACGCCUAAGGCAGUUUCAAUGAAAGAUACGAAUAUGAAUUUGGACCUCCCACAUAGUGAUACAAGUACCUCUCCCCAUCCCAAGACGCCUAAGGCAGUUUCAAUGAAAGAGGCACGCUCACAUGAAGUGGAUGUUGUUCUAGAUAGAAAAACAGCUCACUCUCAGCUGAAGAUAUCACACAAUGGGAAAGUUGUGGAGUGGGUGAAGCAAAAACAAGAACCACAGACAGAGAUUGACAAGAAUGACAUUGACAAGCAUUUUGAUGAAGCCCCAUAUGUGUUGGGCAGUAUGGGCCGUGCUAUGAGGGCCUACUGGGAGGUGUCUGUCAAGGAGAAAAAGGACUGGGUACUUGGUGUUACCAGGGCAACAGCUAACAGGAAAGGACAGUUGGUUCUCAGUCCAGCCAAUGGCUUCUGGGUAAUCGGGAUCUCCGACGGCAAAGACUUUACAGCAUUCAUGGAUGAUGAUGAUGUCUUUAAAGAAAUAACUCUACACCGAGUGGGUAUCUAUGUGGAUUAUCAGGAAAGGAAGGUGACUUUCUACAAUGCAGAAGACAGCUCACUCAUCUACUCAUUUACCAAUGGACCAAGUUAUGAGGAUGAUGUUUGCCCACUUUUCUCACCCUGGAACAAUGAUAUAGAUCCAAUCAGAAUUUUGUCAAUUGAAACUAAAAAAUUGAAAUAAUCUAAAGCCUAACUAUCACCUCCACAUCUGUCAAUAGGCUAGUUUAUUGUGAUGGAAUGCUAAACAUGAGUGGUCUAACUACACUAAUGAUGGUCAAUCACUAAUGAUUGUCACUUCAGUAAUAUUUACACAUUUGCUUGGAGUUGUUUAAAUUGUAUGAUACAUUUUGCUUAUUAUACAAAUGUGUUGCUUUCUCACAUUGACUUUAUAUUCUUUGUCUUUGACUUGAAUAAUAAUGGACAGCUAUGUUAGUUGUUUUUCUCAAACCACAAGGAUAUUAUAAGCUAAAUCAUGCAUAAUGCAUAGGUAAUGUUAUGCCUCCCUUCAUGCACAUUUACUGUACGCUGUAUUGAUUUGUGAAAAAUGUAAUAUUGCUUUUAAGACAUGGAUGUGUAUCAGUUUAUUCCUUGUGAUCAUGAGGAUCAAUCAGUUAAUGCUGCUCUUACAUAACAAUGUAUAGAUUGGGAAGGUUUGUAAUCAGCCAUUGGUAAGCACAACUCUGCAUUAGAGGCCUUCGUCUUUACAAAGUCAUGACUGCUAGUCUGGGACCUCAUUAAUAAAAUGUUUGCAACAACA